AUGCCUAAGAAUAACGAUCCCACACGCAUAGCUCCAAAGCUAGCUCCAAAGCACAACGUGCCUUCUACGCUGAAGGUGCCAUGUCUUCUUCAGCUUAACGGCAACAACACUUUUGGCGGAAAGGGACUCGGUAUCCCCACGACUAUAGCCACGUCUCUGCUAGCCUUACGAUCUACAGACAAGGACUCGUACCUCAGCCUAGUCAUCGAAUUUCCGCUAUCAGCUGCGGUAGAUAGCACCGGCUUCGGAAGGUGUCAUCACAUUGACUUUGGUUCUGAGAAGGUCAUUCCUAGCACCACCAGGAGGCUCACAGUGAAGUUUCCCCGUGAAGAGAUCAAUAUUACCUACCAGGCUGCAACUGAAGAAGAGACCACGAGAUACCCUACUGGCAAAAAGUACAUGACUUGGGUCAGUGUCAUUCUUGGCAAAGGCGCAUCAGUCUCUGUGCAAGGAUUUGGUAUGCCAUACUCGAACCCAUGUUACUUCACUGAAAGCAGUGUCCAGCCUCCUGCCUCGACAACCGUUAUGGACGGCCUGAGCCUACUUGAUAUCAUCCAACAGCGACAAUUUCUGUUCCUCGCUGCUCACCAUGACGACAUUAUCAAGGCAAAGUGGAGCGUCGCCAGCUUAGCACCCAACUUCGACUACGGCUAUGGUGAAGACCAGUCUUGGGACAUGGAAAAGUACAUGAAGCAGCUACAUGAAAUCGAAGGCCACCGCUUCCGGACUGCAUGGAACUUUGAUACCGACGCCUCUCAUGUGACUGCUAUUACACAGAGCAUAGUCCAAGACUUCAUGUGGAUUCAAAAAUGGUGUCUCGACAUGACUACCGAAAUGGGGUGGGCGUACUUCGUCAAGCAUCCAGUAAGCCGGCGGUCAAAAAGAUGGCUAGUCAUCGUGAAGAUGGACGGGGACUUCUGGAAGGACGAAGAAUUGUCUCAGGCCUGUGUCAGCGGAACUAUGAAGCUGGUUGUCCAUCCCGGGCCAGAUGAACUCCCUGAGUCAUGGACGGACGACCUUUCAGAACGCUAUUCAGCACGUAUCUGCCACGAUCCUGAUGAAGUAAGAUUGCUCAACCCUCAUCCGCUCACUGGGAAGGACUUCGUCGUCAGGGUUAUCGAGCCGCUUCAGACCCAACUUGGCAUCAAGGAGUUUGAGAGCCGUGAGGCAGCCGACGCUGCCUUUGAAACUGACAAAUCGCUUUAG